GAAAAGAAGCACUGCGACUUGUUGUUGUUUGUCGAUUCUAGCGCCUGGAUCCGGCUAAGAAUAACCAUCACCGUCAGUGCGAGGGCGGAGCACAGGAACGAUGGAAGUUCAGGAACUGGCCUUACCUUGCCUGGCUGGCCCUGCUGGCCUUGUCCACUGCUGACUGCGGCACACCUAGGUCUGUCUCUCCCGCUCUGCGCUUCUCCUGCUACCGGAGCUAUGUCUACGUGGUCCAUAGCGGGCGAGGGAGGGAUUGCUUGUAAGGCUGGGCUCUUGGCCCACGACUACCAACGACUGACGGCUCUCGAAAAGUGCAGGCCUCUGACGCCUCGCCGCGCUCGUCUUAUAAUAAUGGAGCGCGUCCACCAUGUAAGUCCAUGUCUUCAAGACUGCGCAAGAGACGGCUCCGUGCCCGAUGCGAUACACGACCAGCACCAUAGCGCGUUGAGCAGGGCCCAGCGGUAGCAGUAGUGGUAGCAGUGGUAGCAGCAGCGGCAGACAUGUCCGACAGGCAACGGGGCUAUGAGCAUGCACGCCAUCAAGACGAACGACUGGGGGCGGCGGCAGAGAUCCACGACAUCGAUGAGACGGCCCACGACGACAUCUUCCACAGCUGCACCUCCUUCCCGGCAUCGAGCGUGCCUGCGGACACGGCGGCAGCACCGGCAACGACGAGAUAUGGCGAGACGGGCGAGCAUCUGGGACAUUGGCCUGAACGAGACAGGAGUAGUGUCACAUCUCCCCGGGACAGAGCGCGAGGCGUGUCUCUGAGGCCUUCGUUGUUGAAGAAGAGCACGACGCAUGCGGCAACGACGACGACGACGACGGCGUCGACGACACUGACACCGACACCGACGACUACGACGACUACGACGACGAGUCCUCCGCGAGCACCGGCAGGAAUCGAGCUACAGGAAGUGGGUCUGGGACCUCCAAUAUUUGCGCCAGGAAGCUCGAGCUCGCAGGCCCAGACGGCAACAGCCACACUGGACUACGACGUGUUGAAACGGCCUCGUUCAGCGCGUGGCACGUCUGCACUUCCGAACUACCAGCGAUGGGUGGCGAAACAGGCGCGACGACAUCUGCCACUUAAGCGCGUGAAAGCAGCCUUCGCCAGUGCCAAGAAGGCUGUGCUGCGCAUACGCGAAAUCCAGCCCACCAAGGAUGGUCGACAUAUACCGCUGGACACUUCGAGGCAGCGACCCCUGACUGACGAGCGGACGGGCAAGCCAUACAUCGGUAACUCCAUCCGGUCAUCCAAAUACAAUGCCUGGAACUUCUUGCCGAGACAGCUGUUUGCCCAGUUCUCGAAGCUGGCCAACUUCUAUUUCCUGUGUGUCUCCAUUCUCCAGAUGAUCCCAGGACUGUCGACGACGGGCACCUUCACCACCAUCGUGCCUCUGCUGGUCUUCGUAUCGUUAAGUAUCGCCAAGGAGGGCUACGAGGAUCUCCGCCGUCACAGGCUGGACAAGGCCGAGAACAACGCCAAGGCCAAAGUCCUUCGCGCGCACAGUUCAGGAGCUACUGAGAAGGGCCGCCACAGUCACAUCAAGCAUGCGGCGGACCACUCCACCGCCACGGACGGCCCAAUGCAUUGGGCUCUGGUCAAAUGGCGCUCGCUGCAGGUCGGCGACAUCGUGAAACUCGAGCGCAACGACGCUGCGCCUGCUGACUUACUGCUGCUUUCCAGUCGGGGAGUCAACAACACGGCCUACAUUGAGACGAUGGCGCUUGAUGGCGAAACGAAUCUCAAGGCCAAACAGCCAAGUCCUGUCACCACUGGUAUGGCAAGGGAUAUCGAGGCACUGGCCAAUGCGCAUAUGAACGUCGUUGUCGAAGACCCCAACAUCGAUCUAUAUUCGUUUGAAGGAAGGGUCACCGUCGAUGGUAAGACCACGGCGCUGACAAACAACGAGAUCAUCUACCGCGGCAGCAUCCUGCGCAACACCCCCGAGUGCAUUGGCAUGGUCAUAUACAGUGGCGAAGAAUGCAAGAUUCGGAUGAAUGCCAACCGGAACCCGCGCAUCAAAGCACCUGCCCUGCAAGCCGUCGUGAACAAGAUCGUCAUCGGUAUGGUUUUGUUUGUGCUCUUCCUAUCCCUCUUCAACUCCAUCGCCUAUCAGGUGUGGCAGAAAUCCACAGAGGUGAAAGCGUGGUACAUCGAGGACGCGCCCGUGAGCUUUGGGCCGUUGCUGACGAGCUUCAUCAUCAUGUUCAAUACUCUGAUCCCGCUGUCGCUCUAUGUCAGUUUAGAGGUCAUCAAAUUGUCCCAGAUGGGUCUCAUGAACAAGGAUCUUGACAUGUACGAUGCAGAGAGUAACACGCCAUUCGAGGCAAGAACUUCGGCCAUCAAUGAAGAACUUGGUCAAGUCGGCUAUAUCUUCUCCGAUAAGACUGGUACGCUCACGGAGAACGUCAUGAAAUUCAGAAAGAUGUCUGUUGCUGGCACUGCUUUCCUGCACGACGUUGAUCUUCGAGAAGACGUCAGCAAGGAAGAUAUGAUGCUGCAAAACGAGCACAGCCACAGCAAAGGCAAGCGCCCAGCCAGGGGUUCAAGGUCGCAAUCGCGGCCGCGCUCUGCAGCUCGAGACACAGAAUCGCGCGACUUCAGAAACAGCACCGAUGCGGCGACGAGCCCAGCCAGAAGUGCUUCACAUCCGUGGCCUCAAUGGCGAUCCUCCGCCGUGCCCGCCAUGACUCAAAUGGAGCAGAGUACCCAAGAACUCAUUCAGCAUCUUCAGCGCUGGCCACACUCUCCCUUCGCGAAGAAAGCCAACAUGUUCAUCCUCUCUAUCGCUCUUUGUCACACUUGCUUGCCAGAACGUGCUGAAGAUGGCGAAGAUGAUCACAUCACGUUCCAGGCAUCAAGUCCCGAUGAGCUUGCACUAGUGCGAGCAGCGCAGGAGCUUGGCUAUCUUGCCUUUGAGCGAGAUGCAAAUCUCCUCACACUGAAGUUCUUCCCAAACGGACCGGAUGCGGAAGGAGUUUUCGAAACCUACGAGGUUUUGGAUAUCAUCGAGUUCUCCAGUAAACGAAAACGCAUGUCCGCGAUCAUCCGAAUGCCAGAUAGUAGGGUCGUCGUGAUAUGCAAAGGCGCAGACUCUGUCAUUAUGAAACGACUACGUUUGGCUAACCUGGCCCAUCAAAAACUUGCGGAGAUUGAGCAACGCACGAUGAACCGCAAGUCCAUGGAAGCACAAGAGGCACUCUGCAGGCAGAACAGCAUGGCUGAGAGGUCUGCAGGCUUCAAUAGCAUGCCUCGCACCCGCAAUUCACUCAGGAGACGACCCUCUGCUAGAAACAGCGUUGGGCCUCUGACACCUACUCGUCACGACGUCGACGAGUGGCUAAGCGAACGUGAGACGGAUGUGACUGACUCACCCAGCAAUAGCUUUCAUUUUCAUCAGUCUGUGGAACGCCCUCCCUUGGCUAAGCGCUCAAGCUCAUAUCUACCGCAAAGCGAAGCUGAUAUCGAGGAGCUGGAUGAAGAUGCAGCGAUAGACGAGACUCUCGUAAUCGAGCGCUGCCUCCAGCAUAUCAACGACUUUGCCACGGAAGGUCUGCGUACUCUCCUGUAUGGGUACCGCUUUCUUGCUGACGACGAAUAUCGCCGGUGGAAGAAGACGUACCACGAGGCUACGACCUCCCUGGUCAAUCGAACGGAGCUGAUCGAGCAAGCUGGCGAACUCAUUGAGCAAGGGCUCGAGCUUGGUGGCGCAACAGCGAUCGAAGAUAAACUUCAGAAGGGGGUUCCGGAAACCAUCGACCGGUUGCGAAGAGCUAAUAUCAAGAUAUGGAUGUUAACAGGCGACAAACGGGAAACUGCCAUCAAUAUUGGCCAUAGCUGCAGGCUCAUCAAAGACUACUCGUCAGUCACUGUACUGGACUACGAAGCUGGCGAUGUUGAGCACAGCAUAGCCGCAGCAAUCAUUGACAUCAAUCGCGGCGACGUCGCACAUUCGGUGAUUGUCAUUGACGGUGGCACUCUCACUCAGAUCCAAUCCGACGGCGCUUUACAUGACUUGUUCCUGGACCUGGCCGUCCUCGCCGACUCAGUGAUCUGCUGUCGAGCCUCGCCUAGUCAGAAAGCCGGGCUGGUACAUCACAUCAGGACCCGGGUGAAGCGCAGCGUCACGCUCGCUAUCGGUGAUGGUGCCAAUGAUAUCGCCAUGAUACAGGAAGCGCAAGUCGGGAUUGGCAUUACUGGAAAAGAAGGCCUUCAGGCAGCAAGAACGUCUGAUUACUCCAUCGCCCAAUUCAGGUUCUUGGCGAAGUUGUUGCUUGUUCAUGGGAGAUGGAACUACAUCAGAACGUGCAAGUAUACAGUCGGCACGUUCUACAAAGAGGUCCUCUUCUACCUUACCCAGGCUCUCUACCAACGGUACAAUGGCUACAGCGGCACAAGCUUGUAUGAGAACUGGUCGCUCAGCUUGUUCAACGGGCCCUUCACAAGUUUGCCCAUCGUCUUCCUUGGCAUCUUCGAACAGGACCUUCGAGCUUCCACAUUGCUGGCAGUACCGGAACUUUACAUCAAAGGCCAACUCUCCGCUGGCUUUGGCUGGAAGGUUUUUGUAGGAUGGAUGUUCACUGGUGUGGCUGGCGCCAUGAUCAUUUUCUUCUCCGCCUGGGGACUCUAUGGCAACACAAAAUUCUCGACUUCCAACGAUGUCUUUGGUCUCGGGUCGAUGACUUUCACCGCUUGUGUCAUUAUCAUAUCCUUCAAGUUGCAAAUCGUUGAGGCACGUUACAAGUCGUACAUGGUCGUUGUCGCCAUCCUCUUCUCCGUGGGGUGUUGGGUUCUCUGGAACGUCAUCAUCGGCAUGUCGUAUUCGCCCAGCCUGAAGUACGGUGUGCAGGGCGGCUUAUUCAUGCGCUUUGGAAGAGAAGGCAUGUGGUGGCUUGCACUCCUCCUCGGCGUGCUUGCUGUCUGCCUCAUGGAGAUUGCGCUUCGAGCGCUCAAAUGCGCAUUCAUGCCGACCGACGUGGAGCACUUUCAAACACUGGAGGAAGACUUGGAAGUACGGAGACGUUUCGAAGAGGCUUCUGCUAUGUGGCUGAACCCUGAUCAAAGACUGAAUAAGACCAGUGCUGAGCUGCAGGAGAUUGCUGCCGAGCAAGGGGGUAGAGAGGCAGAAGGGCAGCAAUUGCUGCGCAAGUCCAGGACAAUGGAGACCCGGAAUGCAGAGGAAGGCUUCGGGAACAUGGCCAAUGUGGCAACCGGGGAAGGGCAUGUGAUGGUCGCUGACGGAGCUCGGCGUCAUACGGAUAUCAUGGAGAUGCUCUCGAGAAAGCGGAGCGAUAGGAUGAACUCACGGUGAUAAUCGAGGCGGUAAUAAUGAUGGAAUGGUACAUAUCUGAACGAGAGGAACACCCGUGCGAACGAACCCCGAGGCGCUGCGCGUCCCGCUCCUGGAUGGGCGAUGAUGUUGGACGGUGUCGCUGUAAGAGUAGGUAUAUGCUGCAUACAUAAGUAAGGUACCCA